AUGGAUCCCCAAAACAUAAAUAACUUUGCUGGAAAUUAUGAAGAUCUAUGCCAAGCUGUAAAUAAUGCGUCUGGGCUAGUAGUUGUUUCUUUCUAUGCAACAUGGAAUCCAACUUGUACUCAUUUAAAUGAAAAACUUCCAGGUCUUGCUCGCGAAUUGCCAAGAAUAACAUUUUUUAGAGUAAACACAGAAGAAGCCGUUGAAUUAAUAGCUCAUUAUGGUAUAUGUUCAAUUCCACAAAUCAAAUUCUUUAAAGGAAGUCCAGGAAACCAAAUCCAAGAAUUAGCAACAAUAAUUGGCGUAGAUAUACCUCAAAUCAAAGCAAAAAUUCAACAAAUUACUGCAAAUUAA